AUGUCAAAUCAAGGUGCAACGGUUGCACAAAUACCGACGAGCUUUGGACACGAGCUCAGAGCCUGCCUUCGAUGCCGUCUUGUGAAGACCUAUGACCAGUUUAGGGAAUCGGGUUGUGAGAACUGUCCUUUCUUUCAGAUGGAAGAGGAUCACGAAAGAGUCGUGGACUGCACGACUCCAAAUUUUACUGGGCUAAUUUCGGUCAUGGACCCAACUAGAAGCUGGGUUGCCCGGUGGCUCCGUAUUGGAAAGUUUGUUCCUGGUUGCUAUACUCUUGGGGUCUCUGAAGCACUCCCUCAAGACUUGCAGAAUAUGUGCGAAGAAGAACGUGUACCUUACGUUCCACCAAAGCGUAUUUGA